UCAGGGCUUGUCAUGGAGUUCGUGUGAAAGAAACCCGGAUUUUUUUCCACCCUUCUUUUACCAGUUAAACCAGUAUCUCAGGAUAGAACACACUCAAGUACUUGAACAGUUUUUACCCUUGUGGUUCCUGAUGGCUUCGCACAGUGAUACUCUGGUGGUGUUCUUUGGGGCAACAGCUGGUGCAAAUGGGGGUAAACUGGGUUCCGAUGAGAGGGAAAUAAUUCUCUUGGUGUGGCAAAUUGUGGAUCUACAUGAGAAAAAGGUUGGAAAGCUUCAAAGAAGGCUUGUGAAGCCAGACAGUUUGGAACUGACAGACCAGUGCAUAGAAGAGACUGGGUUAGAUUUGGAUGAAAUCUGCAAGGCCGAAACUCUGGAUAAAGUUCUGCAACAGUUCCAACAGUCAGUCUCAGCUGAGGUGAAGGCUCUGGGCAGGACCUCCUACACGCUUUGUGUCGACGGCCCCCUGGUAAUACGACAGGCUUUGCACCCCGAGGCUUCCAAAAAGAACCUCAUUCUCCCAGAAUGUUUCUACUCAUUUGUGGACGUGAGGAAAGAGUUUCACAAAUGCUGUCCCAACGCCGGCCCGGUCCAGGACCACACCCUGCCUUCCAUGCUAGAAUAUGUGUGCAUCCCUCCGGUGACAGAGCAGUUGAUGGGGUUGAGAGAAGUGAGGAGCAUGGUCCUGCUCACCCUUCACAUACUGGCAGAACCCUACAGCCACACAUUUUCCUGCUUUGAAAGCGUGAAGUACAAGUUUGAAUCGGGAGCCUGCAGUAAGACGGAGCCAGUGGACAGUGAGACUGUGAUCAGAGCCAGGGGCCUCCCGUGGCAGUCUUCUGACCAGGACAUCGCCCGCUUCUUCAAAGGUCUCAACAUUGCCAAGGGUGGCGUGGCUCUCUGUCUGAACACCCAGGGUCGGAGGAAUGGCGAGGCCCUGGUCCGCUUCAUCAACCCAGAGCACAGAGACCUGGCUCUGGAGCGCCACAAGCAUCACAUGGGCAGCCGCUACAUUGAGGUGUACAAAGCCACGGGGGAGGAAUUCCUCAAGAUCGCUGGAGGCACGUCGAACGAGGUGGCCCAGUUCCUCUCCAAGGAGAACCAGGUGAUCAUCCGCAUGCGUGGCCUGCCCUUCACUGCCACGCCCCAGGAUGUACUGGCCUUCCUGGGGCCCGAGAGCCCCGUGACAGACUCCACCGAGGGCCUGCUCUUUGUCAAGUACCCCGACGGGCGGCCGACGGGCGACGCCUUUGUGCUCUUCUCCUGCGAGGAGUACGCCCAGAACGCCCUGAAGAAGCACAAGCAGAUCCUGGGCAAGAGAUACAUCGAGCUGUUCCGAAGCACGGCCGCCGAGGUGCAGCAGGUGCUGAACCGCUACAUGUCGGCCCCCCUGAUCUCCACGCUGCCCCAGCCUCCUAUGGUGCCCAUGCCUGUCCUGGCCACGCCCCCGUUCAUGACCACAGGCAGCACGCGCGACUGUGUCCGCCUCCGAGGCCUGCCCUACACGGCCGCCAUCGAGGACAUCCUGGAGUUCAUGGGAGAGCACACCGUUGACAUCAAACCCCACGGAGUGCAUAUGGUCCUCAACCAGCAGGGUCGUCCCUCCGGUGACGCCUUCAUUCAGAUGAAGUCAUCCGAUCGAGCCUUCAUGGUGGCCCAGAAGUGCCACAAGAAGAUGAUGAAGGACCGCUACGUGGAGGUGUUCCAGUGCUCCACCGAGGAGAUGAGCUUUGUCCUGAUGGGAGGAACCCUAAACCGCAGUGGCCUCUCCCCUCCUCCCUGCAAGCUGCCCUGUCUGUCUCCCCCGUCCUACGCUGCCUUCCCUGCCCAGGCUGCCAUGCUCUCUGAGGCCGCCCUCUACCAGCCCCCCCUGCUGGCCACCCCCAGAACUCCCCAGCCUCCCACACACAACCCCACACCCACCCUGGCCUACUACCCCCCGCAUCCCCAGCUCUACAUGAACAUGAACAUGAACUACACAGCCUACUAUCCCAGCCCGCCAGUGUCCCCCUCCACCGUGGGCUACUUUGCGGCGCCCCCGGGCUCGUUAGCAGCGUCCCUGGCAGGGCAGCCCCACGCCUCUUCCAUGAUGCCCCAGCACGGCGCCCUGGUCAGGAUGCAGGGGCUCCCCUACAACGCUGGCGUCAAAGACAUCCUCAGCUUCUUCCAAGGCUACCAGUAUGCUCCUGAUGACUACAACAGCAUGGUUCAGAUGAGCGAUCAGGCCAGGAGUCUGAUCCAGCCCAAAGAGUGGCUCUGUCUGUAGGGACACCCCCAAGCUUCAGUCAGACGCCGUCCUCGUGUUGUAUAACCUCAGCGGCCAGCGCAGCGGCGAGGCCCUGGUCACCUUCCCCAGCGAGGAAGCGGCCAGAAGGGCUGUGACAGAGCGCUCCAACCACCCCCUCUCCGGUCACCCCGUCCGCCUGGCAUAUUGCGACUGACGGGCCCCGAGGAGAGAGGGUGGCUACCACUGACCCCCCCCCCCCCCCCCCCCCCCACCCCACCCCUUUCUCUCUCUCCCUCCAUCCAUCCCUCCAUCCACAACUACUGACCGACAUAGCUCUUUCCACAGUACCACACGACACUGCGCAUAUUUAUGAUGCAUCCUUACUGGUCACGACUGUGCGAUUCAAUGUGAUUGGCCCCUACUCCAGCACCACCAAUGUGACUACUCUCACAUCAACACAGUGACCGAUGUUUUACAUGCUUACUGCUCACCACCAUCCAGGACUUCCAGAUUGAAAACAGUGUCCCAUUGUGUUAAAUGUCUGUCUGCAGAAUCUUGUUUGCAUGCAUGUCUGUGUGUCAUGCAUUGUUUGACCUACCUUCUGAUGCUGGGCUGUGCAGUGUAACUAAUAAUAAAAGCCAUAUAGACCGUCUCAAACCUAUUAUACUGUAUUGGAUAGCAAAAGGUAAAAACAGAAGCUUUUGUAUGACAUGGCUGUUUUCAUUGUCCAUAUAGAGUAGGCUAGCUCAAGCCACUGUGACAAAUGUCUUUUGACUCACACUACUUGUAACUUCUAAUUAUUUUUGUUUUGCUAUAAAGAGCAUUUAUGUAUGGCAUAAUGCCAUUCUGUUUAGACUGUCAAAGCACUGUAGUUUUUUUGUGUGUUUGGUUAAGAGUUGAGUCUCCGAAGACCUUUGUCUUAAAAAAUACUGUAGGCUAGCGUGAGAAAUUGGUUGUAAGUUUAAUUCAACCUCAUUAGCAAAAUUUUGAUUUGUUAUUUAAAUGUGAAAGAACGUCAGCUGCAGGUCUGUACUUUUAGGCAUGUUAUCUUACCUUUAUAGACAGUGGAUCUCUUCGCUAUAUUUCUGGAAUUUUUGCCAGACUAAUUUUAUGGACAUGGCAACAUGCUCCAUCAAUUCUCCCUUGUUUUGGACCGGCAAACUGCGUAAGCUACAUCCAUUUUUUUUCUUCCUGCGACUGGACUUCCAAAAGACACUAGUUCCUUUUGUUUCUCAUUUUUGCUGUGCCUUUUGGAAACCCAGAGUGCAAUACUAGCCUGAUCGCAGCUAGGCAUAUCUCGGGAGGCAGAGCGUUUUGGUUUCUAUCAAGAGAGUAUGAGACUUGUAUGAACUUAACUUGUGUAUACUGUACAACUGGAUAAGCUUGGAUCUACUUGUGUAUACUGUACAACUGGAUAAGCUUGGAUCUACUUGUGUAUAUUGUACAAGUGUGAGCUUAGAUCUAACUUGUGUAUACCGUACAACUGGAAACAAUAAAUGGAUCUUGAUGUUG